AAUAGACAUGGUGGAAGCAUUAUUUUCAUUAUGAUGCUGAAGAUAAGCUUUCACUGCUGUUUGAUGGUCUUGUUUUCAACUAUUUCAUGUCUUCAUGCAUCACACCGUGUACACGCUUGUCAGACAACUGGAGCAAACAAUUUCAAUGUCAUGCACCAUUAUUCGCUUUAAUCUCCAAACUAUUGCAGAAACAUACCGAGUUUAUACUGUAUGUGGCCAUAUCUUAUGCUUGCCCCCCGGUCUGCUCACCGGAAGUGACACACACUCCCUCUAGGUCACGUGGUUGAAAUCCAGCAAUUACUAGUACUCCCCGCGAAAUCUAUAUUGACAUAGCAGUACUGUACUUGCUUUGGGAUGAUCCCUGAACAUGGCAAUCUUUGAUCUUGUGUGUGUACCAUUUGUGGUUCCAAGCGAGGAGGAUGGUCCAGGAGCAGGACCUGAGGAAGACGAUUCUGAGAGACAUGUGCAAAGAAGAAAAGGAAGCCUUUUCCAAAGAGAAGGAUAAACGUAUCAAUGAAGUGUUAUAUAACCUCCUUGUGGAUGACGAACAUGGCAUCAUUUACUGCUUUAUACCAAAGGUGGCGUGCGGUAAUUGGAAGAGGUUCAUGCAAGUACUGAAACACGGUGAACCUUACCCUGACCCCCAGGGCAUACCUCCCGAAGUGGCCCACAAUCCAAAAGGUCUGACCAGUCUUGCCAGCUUCCCAAAAGUUGAGAGGGAGGCCAAGUUGAAGCACUACACCAAAUUCAUGUUUGUCCGUGAACCCUUUGUGCGCCUCAUCUCUGCCUUCCGGGAGAAGUUCUUGAAGAUCAAUCAGUACUAUUAUGAAGUUUAUGGCCGAGUCUUUCUGCGGCGCUACGGAAACCAGCCAGACCCCCCACUGAAAGUGACAGAGGCGUUUGCGUUAGGCAUCCGCCCCUCCUUCUAUAGCUUUGUCCAGUACCUGCUGGACCCGAUGACAAACACGCAUCCGUUUGAACCCCACUGGAAGCAGUUUCACCACCAGUGUCAACCCUGCUUCAUCGAGUAUGACUUUAUCGGGCAUCAGGAGACGCUUGCGGAGGAUGCAUUGCAGCUGCUAACAGCCUUGAACCUGGAGGAACGCAUCAAAUUUCCUCCGGCUUACCAAAACAUGACGAACCCUUCGUCAGUGUCAGACUGGUUUAAAGCAGUGCCACUGGAGGACAGAAGGAGGCUCUACAAGCUCUAUGAGAGGGACUAUAAGCUGUUUGGCUAUGAAACACCUCACACUUUACUCAACGACACACUGUAGAGGAGGAGCCCUCUUUUGGGCCACUUGCUAAUUCUGGUGGAUGUUCAACAUGGAGCACAGCACCU